AUGGACCAAGACAUGUUUGAGUUGGACGAAGAGGCUGGGCUGGAAUUCGCGCCCGAAGGCGAGCCUCAGGUGGUUGCAGACGACCACUACGAAUGGGCUACGGCCACUCUCCUGGACGAAUUCGAUUUGAACGCCUUUUCUAUGGAGCAAUUCUCGGAGGCCAUCGACCACCUAGUGGACUCAGGUGAGGUGUCUCCGGAGGAAGCCGAGGAGGUCAUGGACCGUCUAAGGGAAUUAGCGAAGGAGGAAUGUUCGGCAGCGACUGGACACUCUUCCCCAUCCGACCGUCCCCACUUCGAAAUCGAGCCAAGAUGGCGAAGUGGAGAACUGCACAAUCUGCCACAAUGA